CGUGACGUCACCGUCAGCACUCGCGACUUCUUCCACCUCUGCGGCCGACCGACCAACCGCUCGACGGCACGCGCCGCACCGGUGGCGGAUAUGCAGGCGGCAGCCUCCUACCGGUGCGCGGCGGCUAUGCACCGCCGCGCCGGCCACCCGUCCCCGCGCCCCUCCCUUCUUCUGCCCGUCCGUUUCUGCGGCUGGCGUGUUCGUGUGGGAGUAUGCGUGGAGGCGGUUCCGCUCUGCGUCGGUCCCCUGCCUUGUUCUCGGGCGCACGGCGGCGAUUUCGCGAGUCUGGAUGUCAGGAGCGGGGAAGCGUCGCAGCUGCGUGAGCUUGGGAGAAUCCUUCCUGACCACCACCAGAAUUCGUACCUGCAGAAAAUUGCAUGUGCUGAUCUGCUGAAAGCUGCUGUUCUUUCAACCAUGUCAAUACUCAUCUCGCCUCUUGAGGCAUCAGCAGCAACCUGUCAACCAACUAAUUCUUUUGCCAAUAUGCCGAUUUUUAUUGCUGUAGCUCUAAUAGGGGCUGCUGUCGGUGGAUUAUUAGCACGACAGAGAAAGGAUGAAUUGAAGCGAUUGAAUAAUCAACUUCGCCAGAUUAAUACUGCACUUAGAAGACAGGCGCAGAUUGAGUCGUUUGCUCCUGGACUUACUUAUGCGCCAGUUGGGAGAGCAACAGAAACUGAGGUUAUUAUUGAUCCCAGGAAGCAGCAAUUGGUGGCAAAUUUGAAAAACGGGAAGAAUCAUAUGCGGAAUCAAGACCUUGAUAAGGCAGUAACGGAGUUCAGAACAGCUCUGGAGCUUGCAGAGAGCAUAGGGGAUCGCUUUGAGGAGAAGAAAGCUGCACGAGGAUUAGGUGCAUCGUUACAAAGGUUGGGCCGAUACAGGGAAGCCAUGAGCUACUACUACAAAGUCCUGGGGCUAUCGAAGGAAACCGGCGAGGAUUCUGGGUGUACCGAGGCUUACGGCGCAAUAGCCGACUGCUACGCGGAGCUCGGGGAUCUGGAGGGGGCGGCGGAGCUGUACGACAAGUACAUAUCAAGGUUGCAGCCCCGCGAUUGAACACCCGCUCCUUCUUUGAGAUCAAACGCUCAGCUUUUCUUCCUACUGAUUGGUUGGUUGGUAUUCGGCAUGUAGGCGUGCAUUUACGUACCAUUUGGAAUUGUUCAUGAGAAAGACUCUGCCAGCCCCUGUAUAUAAAAAUUAUGAAUCGCAGUGUUGCCGCCGCAGGCACAUGCGAGUUCAGAGCUCUCCGUAAAGGAUUUGCAUAUCUUCUCCAACCU